GUUUGUUUGGAGGAGAGCGGGAGGACUGAGGCUGGAGCCGGACCGGGGCAUGCCUGGAAAGAAAGAAUCUGAGUCUUGAACACUGUAAUUCAUUUCUACACUUUGUUGCUGGAAAAAGAUCACAGAGCAAUUCCCCAGCAUGAAAAGGGAAUGGCAAGAUAUCCCAAUAGGGGAGGGACCGGCAGGGAGGGGAAUGGCUGCUCAUGACCUCCAGGCUGGGACUAUCAGAGGAUUCCUUCGGAGGAGGCCAAGAGAUCAUCCAGCAGCAGAGGGUUCCCUUUCCCUGGCGCAGUGGGAAACCCAGUGGCAGGAGUUCCUCAGGACACUGGAAAACCCUCACUCUGGAUGGGGAAGCCCCCACUUGCCAGCAAAACCUUCGCCCUGGGGUGAUGCCAAGGCCUUUCUGGCCUCCUUUGAGCAAGUGGCUGAAGCCUGUCAGUGGCCCCAGGAAGAGUGGGUGACCCGACUCCGGCCAGCCCUUCGUGGAGAAGCUGAGCAGGCCUUUAACAGCGUGGAUGUCAGAGACAGAGAGGAUUAUGGGAAGGUGAAGGCAGCCAUCUUGAGAGGGGAUGUCCUGAGCCGGGAGAAACAGCGCCAGCAGUUUAGGCGUUUCUGCUACCAGGAGGCCGAGGGCCCACGGGGGGCUUACCACCAACUCCAGGAAAUGUGCCGAGGGUGGCUGCGAGUGGAGAAGCACAGCAAGGAGCAGAUCCUGGAGCUCUUGAUCCUGGAGCAGCUGCUGACUGUCCUGCCCCCGGAGAUCCAGAGCUGGGUGAGCGAAGGUGGCCCUGAGAGCUGCUCCCAGGCAGUGGCCCUUGCUGAAGAGUUCCUCUUACGGCAGGAGACGCAGGUUCUCUUGGAGGAGGCAUCUGGGAGGGUCUCUGAGGCAGGCCAGGAUCCGUGUGAGGCUGAGCAUGGGCAGCUCACGAGGGGCCUCAAGGAAGAGGAGGAUGGAGAAGCCAGCCUGCUAGCAGGAGCUGUAGAGGAGACGGUUGAGGAAUUUCAGGGAUUCUCAUUGAAUAAGGGCAAGAACGAAGAAUCUAAAGGAAACUUCAGGAUUCGAACUCAGCCACCAAGGCAGGAGGAAAGCCAUGCAGAGAAGAUGAGGGAUAAGCCCGUUCCUUGCCAAGGAGAGGCAUUCCAUGAAAUCCCAGUCCGAGCAGAAAGAUCACCCCAAAAAAGAAGGAAGGAAGGGCAUGAAAAUGAAAGUAUGGCAUCUGGAACGACCUUCAUUCAGAGCAUGAAUGUUAUUUCCCAUCUACAUGUUCCCUCAACAGAGAAACCAUAUAGUUGCUUGGAGUGUGGAAAAGGCUUCAGUCGGAGGGCAGUCCUUGCUUCACAUCAGAGGAUUCACACAGCAGGGGAUGAUCAGGAGAAUGAGGACGAUGAGGAACGGCUUCAGUCAUCCCAAGAUAAAGCAAAGGAUGAAGAGCUGGAAGGAAACUUCAGGAAUCGAGGUGGACCCAAGAGGCCAGAGGGAAGCCACACAGUGGAGAAGAGGGAUAAACACAUUCCUUGCCAAAGAGAGGAUUUCUGUGAAGAAAUUCCCAUGCUGGAGGAAAAAUCCAAGUGCUUGAAGAGUGGAAUGAACUUCUCAGAUCAAUCUCAGUAUAAUAUUCAUUCGCAAAAGCACAAUGGGAAGAAGACCCAUAAAUGCUUGGAGUGUGGGAAGUGCUUCGGGUACACAUCACACCUCCUCAUUCACCGAAGAAUUCACACAGGGGAGAAACCUUUUGAAUGCUCAGAAUGUGGAAAGAAAUUCAACCGCAGUGGAAAUCUUCAGCAACAUCAAAGAAUCCACACAGGGGUGAAACGUUUUGAGUGCUCAGCAUGUGAAAAUAAAUUCAUCUGUAAUAGCUAUCUUCUGCGGCAUCUAAGAAGCCACACAGGGGAGAAACCUUUGGAGUGCUCUGAUUGUGGAAAGAAAUUCUUCUGUAAUGGAGAUCUUCUGCGGCAUCUAAGAAGGCACAGAGGGGAGAAACCUUUUGAGUGCUCUGAUUGUGGAAAGAAAUUCAACCGCAGUGGACAUCUUCAGCAACAUCAAAGAAUCCACACAGGGGUGAAACCUUUUGAGUGCUCAGAUUGUGGAAAGAAAUUCAACCGCAGUGGACAUCUUCAGCGACAUCAAAGAAUCCACACAGGGGUGAAACCUUUUGAGUGCUCUGAUUGUGGAAAGAAAUUCAACCGCAGUGGAAAUCUUCAUCAACAUCAAAGAAUCCACACAGGGGUGAAACCUUUUUAGUGCUCAGCGUGUGGAAAGAGCUUCAAUCGCAAAAUCCAACUUCAUCAACAUCAGAGAAUCCAUAUGAGGAGAAACCACGUCACUGCUCAGCCAGUUACAACAACUCACCUCGAACAGUGAUCUGCAGCAGCAUAAAAGAACACACAAGGGAGAAACCUUUUGAGUGCUCAGAUUGUGGAAAGAGAUUCAACCACAGUGGACAUCUUCAAGAACAUCAAAGAAUCCACACAGGGGAGAAACCUGUUGAAUGCUCAGUGUGUGGAAAGAGAUUGUCUCGCAAAAUCCAGUUUCAUCAACAUCAGACAAUCCAUAUGAGAAACCACAUCACUGCUCAGCCAAUGGCAACAACUCACCUCAUAUUUCACACCUUAAAAUCAACCACAGAAUCCAAACAACACUGAGACCAUUUAAACACUUAGAGAGUGCUUGCAUCUCCACAGAAACUUUGCUGUAAAUGUAGACAUGGAGCUGGCACACCACACAGUCUACAUGCUAACUCUUUACAUUCCUGCAUUCUUGAUUCCUGGUCGAUUGGCACACCACCCAGGAACCAGGAAAGCAGUGUCAAUAUGUUUCAUCUGAGCAUAGUAAGUCUCUUAUCCUUCUCAGAGCACAAUAUUCCCAUACACUCUAAGUAAUAUUCUUACAUGUCUUAAAGGUCCACUGUGUUCCUCUCGCUAUGUUUCAUAGAUAAGACAAAAGCCUGGUCACAGCAUAUUUGCAUAGUUGGCUGUGACGGGUUCUGGAAUGUGUAACUGUUGCUACAAUUGUUGCUAUAGACGGCUUCUUAAUAAAACUCUCGCCUCCAUGUUGGGGGGGUCAGACUUUGCAUCCA